ACAAGGGACUCGUAGCCUUGAGAUGGAGGGGAGGACGGAACGAGACGAACCGAGCCCCGAGGUAAGUUCACUCGUCGACUGUUUUUUGUCAAGCGACGAUUCGAGGAAGAAACAAUGGCGACAACGCUCGCGAGAGCAAUACGUUCUCUGUCAACGGCGUACCGUAGUACAUUUCGUCGCGAGAAUCCGUUCGAUUCGUCGAAUGUCGCGUACUUGGUGGUACGAGAACCACCACCGAAAGCCACCAUUGGUGGUAAAGCGAGGAAAGCGUGGCUGGGAAUCGUCGCGGGAAUAGUCGUCGGGUGUGGCGGGGUUUGCUACUUCCUAGAUGAAUCGGUCAAGGCGCACACCGCCACGAUCUCGUUGCCAAGAUAUCCUUGGGAGUUCAAACGCGUGUUGAAAUCCUUGGAUCACGCCGCCGUGAGAAGGGGAUGGCAAGUUUACAGAACCGUGUGCUACACGUGUCACAGCCUGCGAUACGUUCGUUUCCUCGAUCUGAUCGACGUGACGCACACCACGGAGGAGGUCAAAGCUAUCGCCAAAGAGUUCGAGGUGGAUGAUGGGCCCGACGAGGGGGGCAACUACUACAAGAGGCCAGCGAAACUGUCCGACAGAAUCCCAUCACCGUUUCCGAACGAGGAAGCAGCCAGGGCAGCAAACUUCGGCGCUUAUCCACCGGAUCUUUCGCAACUGAUUUAUGCGCGAAAGCACGGUACCGAUUACAUGUUCUCCUUGCUGACUGGCUGGUACGAGCCGCCAGCAGGCGUGCGUUUAGGCGAGGGUCAACAGUUUAACGUUUACUUUCCCGGAGGUAUCAUCACGAUGGCGCCGAUGUUCUUCGAAGGAUGCGUCGAGUACGACGACGGCGUACCAGCCACCGAGUCGCAAAUGGCAAAGGACGUGGUGGAGUUUCUUUUGUGGACAGCGUCGCCCGAGCACGAUACGCGCAAGAUCAUGACCCUCAAAGGUAUAGGAAUCUUUCUGAUGCUGUUAAUUACGAUUGGGCAUAUCGUAAGGCGGCACGGCUCGCACAUGACAAGUCGACGCAUAGCCUACGUACCGAAACGCACCUGUUGACCUACGGGACACCCAUUUUAUCGCUAGACGAAAUGCCAACGGAACCAAGUAAACAAACAUCUGGCAAUGUUUGUCAGCUAUAGCAAUCGAAAAGGAUAUUUCAGCGAUCCCCUUUCCAAAACUACCGUUCUUUUUUCUUAAACGGUCGAUUCAAUUAUUUCCGCUUUCGAGGGUGAAAACUGGAAACGUGAACGUACUCCAAAGCUGAUUCAGUAGAGAUUCUGAACUCGAGAUGUGACGGAGCCACGGGUUAACCGUCUGACGAGAAAAGCGAAAGGAUUACAGCGAGAGCGAGCGAGAUAGAUCAACGAGUCGACGAGUCUCGCGUUACAUGCGCUUCGGGGCAAAACUUGAAAGCAAUAAGCGUUUGUUUACACAAGUCUCAUGCGCGAGAGAACGGCGACGCGUGGAUUUAUUUACGCGUGUUCCGUUCCCACCUAUUUGACCGCGAAAUAAAUUUCAUUCGCUCGUAGACAUCGCGUGGUUACUCGAGCGAAAUUAUCGAUAAAAAUAACGUGGAUCAAUGGGCAUUAUUUACGUUUGGAAUCGAUGACCCUGUAUCGAUCCAUUCCGAGGACUGGAAUACCCUUAAAGACCACGUAUAAAAAAAACUGCGGGGGCCGUUGUUUCAUAAUUUCACGUUUCUUGUCGUUAAGUAAUACGAGUAUAUAAAGUGGUGCGGUAUUUAUGCAGAAAUAAGUUUCGAUAUAUUUUGUCAAUAAAUAACAUUUUGGUAAUGACAAAGUGAUCGUUAUUUUUCUUGGUAGGAAUAGGAAUAGGAAAGUCUAACGUCGAUUCCUAGUGACUAUCGACGCGUUAAGGAUUGCAUUAUUUCACUGGUUCCAGGU